AAGCAAGGAAAGAAUAAAAACAGCAUAAAUGUUCUUUGUUUAACGAUAUCCUCAUCAGCUGGAGCAUCAGUAAGCCGACGGUUAGCAAGAGGUUACAAUGCAUCGUACAUUCUUGUGUAUUUAUUUCAUGGCAUGGUAUUUCAAGUUAUAUAUAGCAGCUUCACCUUCACCGGACAGCUACAAGAGCACUACAGAGACUAUGAAGAAAUUAUUUCACGAGGAUCACUAUGAUAAACGCCUGAGGCCUUUUCACAAAGGACCACCACUGAAUAUUACGAUAGACAUGUCCGUGGUACAUUUCGGAAAAGUGAGGGAAAUUGAUAUGGAUUUCUCCGUUGACGUGUUCUUUCGUCAGUACUGGCGAGACCCGCGCUUGAACCAUACCCUUGAAGAGCCAAUUUUCUUGACCGGAUCUUACAGAAAUCUUAUUUGGCUGCCGGAUACCUUUUUUCUCAAUAUCAAGACAGCCAAUUUUCACAACGUACCAGCUGAUAACAGCAGAGUAAAAAUAAGGACUGACGGUCAGGUCACUUGGAGUUCAAGGAUAACCAUGACAGCAAACUGCCAGUUGGAUCUGAGGGACUACCCACUGGACAAACAGUCUUGCAACCUGACACUUUUAAGCUAUGCUUAUCCGAUUGAACAAGUCGACUAUUUUUGGAAAGACAAAGAUAAGAAAGGUAUCGUCAUUCUUGAAGAUGAAAUGAACGAGUUCACUUUGAGAGACAUCAAGACCAGAAGGGCGAUAGUACUUUAUGGGACUCGCGGUUCAAAUUCAGACUAUACGCACCUGUGGGCAGAAUUCACCUUUAAGCGCCGUCUUGGAUACGCCUUCAUCCAGAUAUAUGCACCGACAGUUCUGAUAGUUCUCCUCUCCUGGCUAAGUUUUUGGAUCGCACAGGACGCAGUUCCAGCUCGUGUAGCCUUGGGAGUUACAACAGUCCUAACCAUCGUAACACUUAUGGGCUCUUUCCGGUCUUCAGUACCUAAGGUGUCAUAUAUCAAGGCCAUCGAUGUUUACUUCAUAAUAUCUUUCUUUUUCGUGUUUGGCGCGGUUGGAGAAUACGUCAUCGUGCGUCUUCAUACCGAAAGAAAGCUGAAAGGGCCCCAAAAAGAGAACAGUAUAGAUAUGGAAAUGAUACCUCUGAAACAGGACAAUGGCGAAACAUCACCAAGACGCUGUGAGGAAGACGACAAGUCUGAUAAUGAGAAAGACUUUGAGCGUUCGCAAAGCGGCAGCAUUGGGGCCCUCGGGAAAACUAGGGAACUCGUGAAGUUUGCUUUUCUGGAGAGUGAUGCAAGCAUCGUCGAUCGCGUCUCUCGUAUAUUAUUCCCUGUUGCAUAUCUUGUGUUCAAUAUUUUUUAUUGGUGCUUUUACUCCGUUAUUAGUUCCGAAGGCGAAAAGGAGUAGAAGAGUCCAACAUCCCACAAGUUUUCUCCCUUCGUCUUAAUCUCCAAUCUGAUUAGCUUCGCAUGCGCUUGAAAGUUUUUUCAACUGAUAUCGAUUAAAUCGGUGGCUAAGGCUGCGUGCAUCGCCAAUUUUCAACACAUAUAUCACCGAAUGAGAGAUAUGCACUUUAUUAUGCUCAUACCAGGAUUGACAAAAAAAUAUUGCUUUGAUUUAAGGCGACAUGUUGUGGCUUCUAAGGAAAUGUGAACUAAAUGAAAGCUCAGCCAAUUCUAAAGGAAUAAGGUAUAAAUGCUUAUAUCUUUGGACGCAUUUCUGCUGCUUGUUCGCUGUAAUUCAUUCUUGGAUAGCUCAAAACUAUCGUUAAUAUGUUUAAUACUUGGGUAGGAAAACUCAAAAGGAGUAAUUUUGAACUAGUAGGGACUUAUGUCGAAGGGUGGAAAAGAUUUUCCCGGAUUGCGAAUUGAAAAGUUUAAAAAAAAUGCAUAAAAUGGAUAAACUGUGACCUAGUCAUUUAAAAAAAUAACAAAUAAUAUUUGCCUUCUUUUAGAUGGUAAGGAAAGAUAGGAAAACAGAGUCUUUUACAGACCUUAAUCGCAAUUUGACCAAACAUUGUUAGACCAUAAGAGUGUGAUUUUUCGGAGCGAAAAACUCCGUUGUUUUGACGUAGCAGUUGCUACGAAAGUUCUCUGGGAUUGUUUCUUGCGUUUGAGAUAAAUGCAGCCUUAUUAAAUAGAUACUUAUUCUACAAAAAAAAAACAUGACUUUUAAGGAGGCCUACCAACCACAAACUCCCAAAGACAUAUGCUGUA